CUAAAAUUUGAGUAAAGUUGGAGAUGCCAUUACUCAAUUAUCCAACCCUGUCACCACCACCACUAUAAUCAUCAUCCCAUUCCUAGUUCCUCUCUCUCUCUCUCUCUCUUUCUGCUGCCAUUGGAUCUGCUCUUUUCACUCUCUCUCUUUCUCUCUCUCUCAAAGCCAUUAUGUGGAGGUAGCAGUCAAAGAGGAGGAUUUCAAGCGACAAAAUUUGGAGUUGAGUGAGAAAGUGUUUUAGAGAUAUAGGAUGUCUAGUAGCAGAACCCAUUGGUGUUACAGUUGUAGGCAGCCUGUUAGUCUCCAAGAGCGAAAUGCAGUUUGUUCUGAUUGUAGUGGAGGAUUUAUUCAAGAACUUGACGAAGCAAUGAGCAUGAAUCAACUUUCCCUAGAUUCAAGUGAAGAGGACAAUGUUGAACAGCAUGACCAGAGGCCCGGAUUAGUGGAUUCUUUCUUGACCUUUUUGAGAGAGCGAAUAGUGGGAAUAAACAACAGUGUUGAUAGUAGAGGGAGGUCAGAUUCACACCCUGAACAAGGUGGCUUUAGUCCUUGGUUGAUUUUCAGCGGUCAAGUGCCUGAGAACAGUCGAUUUGAAGAACUAUUCAAUGAAUCUGGCGGAUUUAGGCGAGGUAGUGGUGGGAAUUAUUUUGUUGGUCCUGGACUCGAAGAACUUAUCGAAGAGCUUACUAGAGAUCAACGGGGUUCUCACCCAGCACCCAAAUCUUUGAUUGAUGCGAUGCCUACUGUUAAAAUUUCGCAUAAGCACCUUCGUUCUGAUGCACACUGUGCUGUUUGCAAAGAAAAAUUUAAGUCUGGGUCUCACGUGAGAAAAAUGCCAUGCAACCAUAUAUAUCAUUCUGAUUGUAUUGUUCCUUGGCUAAAUCAGCACAACUCAUGCCCUGUUUGUCGGCAGGAACUGUCAUUACAGAGAUCUGAUGAUGUUCAUAGCAAUCAAAGCUCAAGGGCUCAUACUAGAAGCAGCUCAAGUGGUCUGAGUAGAAGCAAUAGCAAGAGAUCAUGGAAUCCAUUGUCUUUAUUCCGGUCUUCUGGCUCAUCUCAGUCCCGCUCUCACAAUAACAGAUUAGCAGGAAGCAGCUCGUCAUCCACAUGAACAUACUCGCCUUAGAGGGUAUUCUAGAUGGCGUUUAAAAAAGCAAGAUAAGUUUAGUUAGAAACAUGGGUUUCUUUCUUUUCCCUUUUCUUUGUGACCAUAACUCAUCGCUGCUAAUUCAACCCAGAGCAAAUUGCUUAUGUAAUAAGAGUUGUUUGAGACCUUGGAGCCUCUAGAUUUGAGUUUGCUUUGAGAAAGGUGAAUGAGAGUAGUUUCAUCUGUUAUGCUACUGCUUCAUAUGUAAAUUACAUAUUCUCACUUUUUUUCA